AUGAUGCGGAACUCGAUUGCUACGUACAAGGAGAGCCUCUCUCGGAUUGCCAGCGAUGUCCAGGAAGCUGCCGAUGAACUCGAGGUGCUGGCACCCCGCGAUGGAGAGGAGACGCUGUUCUCAGACCGUCGAAUUUCACAUCGCUUCGCACAGUCGACAUCUCCGAGCGCCUCUCCUCCGGCGAACGGGAUCAAUUCCGGAUCUAGGGCCGAGGUACUGCACUACAGAAGUUAUCGCACUACUCGAGGAUUUACAGUCGAAUGCGAGAAAUUUAUAAAAGUCGCGCCGAAUGUUUCCCGUCUUUGACAUCAUGGCUGGAUUUCUAGGACUGCGUGGUUUAAUAGGUCGAAUAGGAAAGGGACGAAGAUAAAAUGUUUUUGGUGGAAUCAAUUUGACAUGUUCAUCGGGAACAGUGAUAGUACAUAGAAAUGCAUGUCGUCCUAUCUGUGAUCCUAAGAUCUCUAAAGCUUUUGUUGAAAGAGCAUUACAAAUUUGAGAAAUUUCCUCCCGUGCAAGGUAAUUGCCGAAAAUCUAGCUAAUUUAUAAUAAAAAAGAUCACAAACCAGGGAUUGAUUCUAAUAAUUGAUAUUAUUAUAAAAACUCGAAGUCUGUAGUCAGUUAGUUUCCAAUAAAUUUGGACCCCUUUUCAUGCAGUGAGGGGCUCAAGAAUUUGACGAAGUUCUAAGACCAUUUAAUUGCCAGAUUUGAAACGUGUACAGCCUAUUCCAAGCAUUCCAUCCAUCUAAUGUUUGACCUGCCUGAACGAAGGAUAGAACAAUUGAUCAUUUUCAGUGACAUGCUGUCUGUCAACACUCUACACACUCUUCUAGCUCACAGCAGAAACUAUACUAUGAAGCAGUGAGCGGUCGAAAGAUAAAAGCUGACUUCAUACCCUGUGAGACUAAACUCAGACAGCCAUGUGGAAACCGCCGAAAACUGUGCCAUGCAUCACAAAAAUCUAGUCUCGUUGAAGAUGCAAUGAAAUAAAUUAAUAAUGUAAUGAGUGGAAGAAGAAAAUAAAUCUAUGCGACUCCGAACUAAAAGCACUAAUGACUCUCAUUGCUCUUUCAAUCUUUAAACACUGUAGAAAGCAGAUUUAUUUGAACGUACCUACGAUAUUCAAUCACUAUCCGAGAUUGGGUUGUUAAUUUCCUUCCGUAGAAUAUCUAUCAGCAAAAUAGUUUGUGGAUUAAAAUGUUACUUUCUUCGUUUUUACAAGAGAAUAUUUUGACCAUCUGAAGAAACUAAGAUUGGCUCCUGAGUAUCCAAGACUGUCUUGUUCUUUUGAGUAUGAUUAACAUAAUGUCCUCGGACAAUUUUUAUAUAGUUUUUAGUCUUCCUGCUUGGAUUUUGAUCCAUAAAAAAGUUUCUACAUUUACGUGGCAUCAUUUAAAGGCUUUCUCUUUUCAUGUAGGCUGAACUGCAUAAAGCAGAGAUUCAAAGGCUCAGGACAUCAGAGACAGAAAUCAAGACUUUGGCCAUUAAUUAUGCAGCUAUGUUGAAGGAGAAAGAGGUACCUUCCUACGAAAUUAUUUUCUCUCUUGUUCACAUUUCAACAUGCUUUUUGGCAUGAGCAGUCCAUGAAGAUGUAACUUAUUUCGUGGUCAUUCUUAUUUCUUAAAUAUUUUUUUUAAUUUCUUUCAGUUGAUGACUUUGCGCCAGCUUGUUCUUUCCUUCUGGAAUUUUUUUUUGAACCUGCUUUUAUAUUUCCAUUCAUUUGUAUGCGCGUAUGUAAACUCACACGUGCAAUUUUGUCUUGUUAAAUUUAUCUAGCUUAUCUUUUAUAUGUCUUCACUGUUACAUGUAUCCAUAAAUGUGCUUUACUUUUUUUUGGUUAGUUUCAGUUUGCAUUUAUUUAUUUAUAGUUACUUCUGCACAGUUCUGUCCUCAAUUUUGUUUAACGUGUAAUCCAACUGAGUCUGCAAGAACUUAUAUUUGCAUGUUGUCUCUUUUUUUGUGCUGUUCAAUGGAUGGAGGAUGAAAACAGGAGUUGCUAAAUGGCGGCUUCCAAUUUUUUAGUUUUUCCGCAUAAACUGUGAAGUGGUCUACAGAAGUUUGUUACGCAAAGCAAAAAAUGAUGGGGGUUUUGAAUUUUGUAAAAAUAAGCUAAAUACAUGUAAAGAUAUGCUAAAUUGUCUACUGAAGCCCCUUCACCAUGAAAUGUUGCAUUCAUAUGCAUUGUUGAAGAUGAAUAUUCUACAGAAGGGCUCUAGCAUAACUGUGAAGUGUUUAAGAUAACUACGUGAUCUGGAUUCGGAAGUCACGUCAGAAUUGCGAUCAUAUUCAUUUUUGAACGCAGGGGAUAUUUGUAUUACUCACGCUGCUCAUAUGCAGGUUGUUUCAGUCAUGUCAUGCUAUAUUGGAAAUUCAUUUAACUCCCUUUACUCUGAUGGUGUUGGGCGAUCACUUCUCUCCACAGAACACACGCCAAAAUUAGGGGUUUUAGGAUUAUAUCCUUACUCUCUAUCAUAUUCGGUUUUUCUUGUUCUUCUACUUCAGGAGAGUAUUUAGUGUUUUAGAUUUCAUUACCUUGUGAUUGAUCUCUUUUUUAUUUUCCUAAAGUCUUGGGUAGAUCUUGAGCAUUUCUCUGCAGCUGCCUUAGUGUAACUGCUCAACCAAUAAGGUAGGUUCUUUAAAACCUGUUUAUUGCUUCCACUGUUCAGUAUGGCUUCUGUCUAGUACUUCGCACCAGUGUGUGGAGGAUUGUCAUCUGGUAGACUGCAGGUUUAUAGCUUUGUUUAAAUUCUUUGAUUCCUUGACCAAUCCUGUUACCCGGUUUAAACUGUAGAGAGCGGAAAGCAGGAAGGCAACUGGACUUAUAAUUUUAUCUCUUUCUUCCAUCCUUUACUGCAUAUAUAGCCCCCCCCCCCCCCCCAAAUUCAAUUUUUUCAAUAUAGAUUAUAAAAAAAUAGCACUAAUUCAUUUCUGUGCUCAUUUCAGCAUGAUUUACAUAUUUUGUACUACUAUUUUGGACAGGAGGAGCUUACUAGGUUACAUGAACAAAACAGUUCGCUCAGGAAAAGUUUGGAGACAAAAGCUGCCGUUGCAAAUGUUUCGAAACUGGAAAAUCUUGAGGUAUGAACGAGUAAUCCGAUCAUGUGGCAUCGUGAUAUUUCAACCAAGUUCCCAUACCAUAAACGUAACUGUCACCGCUUGAAUUGGAUCUGUGGCCGUUGCACUGUUUAUGCAGCAUCAAAUCUAGCCUCUAUGCCUUUUUCUUUUACAGUGAUGCCUGUCUUCCGCUUCUGUCUAGAUCAAGAAAUAUAUUUAGAUCGAUUGCCAGACUUUGAGUGUGAAACUUUUCCAGUAGUACGUUUCUAUAGAAACAGAAGUCUUGCUAGAAUUAUUUUGUUUUGUGAUGUGUAUAAAAAGUUAAUUUUAGAGUAUCUUUUCAUCUUCAUUUCAUCGUCGUUGACAUAAUACUGAGCUUUCCUUGUCAUCUUUUUUGUUUUAUUUCUUCUGUUGCUUGAAACACGUGCAGGGAUCUGAUGGUCAAUCAACCAACAGACUGUACAAGUACACAUCUCCAUCUAUUUCUCCUUCUGUUUUAAGCAAUGGGCACAGAGGUGUAUCCAAACAGGAGUAUUCAAACAACGGCUCUGUUCAGUUUGGUCAGCUUGAAGGAGCUCAGCAGAAGGUUGGACGUUCACAAGGAGAUGAAACUUUACCUAUUUGUCUUCCCCUCCCCCGCCUCUUUUUACGUCAUAGUUUACAAAUGUUUCAAUUGAACAGUGUACAAGAUGGGAACCACAUGUUACUGGUUUUCUCCUUCUGAGGCUUUGACUUAAUAUAAUUUACCUCCUGGCCUGGUUAGGUGUAGUAUGGAACCUUGGUGCUUUUAUUCUUUUCUGGCUUCCAGAAUUAGCUGUAAUUUCCUUAUCUUCCUGACACCGAGAUAAUGAUAGAAAAAUAUGUACUUGCUGUAGGAAACAGGCUCUCCAGUCAAUGGAAGUGGCAGGGCUACGCCACCAACUCUAGCUAAGUAUGUGUCUGAGAUCAAGGAACUGAGGUUUCAACUUGAGAAUGAACGUGAGAAUUCAGCAAACGUACUUCUGAAGUUUCAAGGUAGGUUUUGGUUUCCACGGAAUUUCUUCAUUACAUCACGUGCUCCAGUUUCCAAUAUUUUCCCUGCUAUUCUAUCUUCAGAGCAGCAAAAGCAAAAUGAGUCUUUAUCGAAGGAACUUAAUGAGUUGAAGAUGGAGAGAGAGAAGGUAAGCUGUAUUGGCUUUACUUGAACUGUAAUUGCACUGUAUUAUUUUUACUUAAAUCCUUGACAUAUUCCUCUUUGAAAAAGUUGCUUCAGAUUGCUUCGUUGCUGUAUUCGUAAUUUUUUCCCAUCAUUUCUUCGAUGAUGUCUAGAACUUGGAGGUUUUCCAAACGUCAAAGCAUAUUUUAUUUCCCGAGAUGUUGCCAUGCCAUACACUGCCUGAUGAAUGUUUAUUCCGUAUUUUUAUUUUCUUGUGUUGUCAGAAUCUUUGUGGCUCUCGUAUUAUUUUCUGUCAGAAUUUAUCAUGGAAUCUUAGAUGUCUAAAUGAGUCGUGGAGUUGAUUUUGGUCUCUCUGUAGGAAGUUAAGUCUGUUCCAGUAAGCUAGAAAUGUACAUAGAAGAAGUCAAACUAGUUGGGCUCUUAGAAGCUGUAGGUAGUAAAGGCAUUCGACUAACGUUUCCACAUUCUUGUGGAGGAGAGGUGAUUAGGCAGUUUGAGUUGGGGUAUUAAAAAGGAGCAGUUUAUAGUUAAGAUGUGUUCAAAUUAGCGAUCUCAAAUAAUAGUAUUUUUGUGAAGACUUAGAUAAUGAGGGAAUUCGGUGUAUCUGUUAUAUGUUAGAUACUGGACAGCAGUUUAUGGGCCUCGUGAUAGAAAAACCUACAGGAACACUUUUUAAGGAAUUUUGUCAACCAAAGGAGUGGAUUCCCAACUUAUCUGGAGCAGGCUUCAAUUGUGUGAGACAUUCCUUGGAAAGGAAUAGCCAUCAGAAGUGGGAAAAGUAUAUGGAUCUUCUGGGAGAGUUCCUCAUGAAUUGUGGUUUGAUAAAUUAAACCUUGAAUGACAAAAAGCCACGGCCUAGCUUCUAUUUAGGUAAAUAUUCAACCUUGAUUACAUAUACUAUUCGUGUCCGCAGAAUAGACCAAAAAACGUAUGCUAGCUUGAGGCGUAGGAGAUUCCAGGAAAGUUUUUGUCUUACUGGUUAAAGAGUACUUGCAUUUAUACAUCAUAUCUCAAGUUCUAUGAUAGCCUUAGAGCGAUGUCAGUUAUUUAUUAGUUCUCCAGCAACAAAAAAUCAAGUUAGUUUCUAUAUCUCGUUCAAUUAUUCUCUUGUGGUUAAGCGUAGUUGCCUUGAUUGUAUUAGUGCUUCACACAUGACCUAAAGCUUUAUGCUGUAUGCACAUGGCUGUAGGGUAUUCUGCUUGUCCAUCAAGGAUAUAAAUUCUUAUGCUAUUAAUGUCAGCCCGUGAUGUUCAGUAGUUGAGUUUUUUAGGGCCUUUUCUGGAUUUUACUCUUUUGUGGUGCCCUUUUUUCAUUUCAUUCAUCAUAACUUUUCUUUCUACCUCCAAACUGGCAGACCUCAUUGGAGAUGAAAAAGAUGCAGAAAGAUAUGGACACGAAACUGUCUGAGAUAGAACAGUUACAGAUUAGCAGAAGGGACAAGGAUGAAUCCAGUGAAUCUCUGGAGAGAUUAAGAAGUUCGAUACUGACCUUUCAAAAUGAAAACUCAAAUCUUAAGGUUGGUGCUUAUGUUCAUAACGAUGUGUACCUUUUUUGUGGUUUACUUUCUUUUUUCAUCAAUAUUUUUUCUUAUAGAGAAGUUCAUUAAUAUAUAUAAAAAAAUCAUUGUAUUUUAGAUUAUUUGCAUGCUUACUUUUAUAACUUUUUUUCUCUACAGCUGGAGAAAUCUCAGCUCGAAGAAAAAUUGAGGCGUAUAAUAGAUCAAAGAGAAGAGAAAGUUGAAUCAGAUGAUUCUGUAAAGCUGUCUAGGAGGUUAAGCGAUUCAGAUGAGGUAAUAGUUUUCUUCCUUUCUGCUGAUUAUGGAUACAAUUCUGAUGAACUGGUUGUGUAGAGGCUAAGUCAUCCCUUCGAGGUGAGGUGUUGACUUGUCUUAACCUAAAUCAAACCCCUCGAAUGCACUUCAUUAGUCUAACUACCUCCUCAUUCUGGCCCAACGCGAACAUGAGGCAAAACAUCAUAGUUCCAACCUACUCUUAGUAAAUAAUGUAUAUUAUAUGACCCAUUUGUCUUACGCUCAUAACUAUUCCUUGAAGCUUUUCUAGCUUUAGUUACCCAUAAAUCACCCGAAUUAAAUAUAGAAUCUCAUCUCCUUGAAAACAUUCCAAGCCUCGGUAAUACUCUCACUCACGAGUUUAAGUCGAUUGACAACUGAUGGUUACAGGGAGGUGUCUGACGAGAGUGAGAAAUGACCACAUAUAAACUUGGGAAGAGUGAUUGCGGCGAGAUGAUGUGAUUUUGGUUGCCCUUUUACAGGUUAUAACUUAAUGGUAUAUCUUGAGGUUUUCGCCCUUAAUCGGGCCAUGCAAUGAGAAUGCAAUUAUAAUUUUUUUUUCUCGGUUUUUUUUUACCUUUCCUUGGUGUUUUACUUUCCUUUUUGCUUUCUUAUUGGGAGGAUAUAUAUGCACACGUAUUAGGGGCCUGUCCUUAGUAUGUGUUUUACAUCUGUUGAUAUCUGUGGAUGUUAAAUUGUAUGGGAAAUGACGUACAAUUAGGGUUUAGGGUUUAGGAGUCCGGUGACUAGUUCCUUACUGGAUGGGCCCGGUAUUUGUGUAUAACCAGGCCCGAGCCAGACUUGAAAAAGUAUGAGAAGUCAUUUUCUUCCACUGCAUAUCCGGUUAGGGUUUCUUGUUAUCGGAAAAAACUGAACUUCUCGCUUAAUAGGAUCUCAUCAAUAUUCCAAUCCGUGAAUCAUGGCGUCAAUAGUGUUGAUAUGACGUUGACUUAUUCGUUUUGGCGCAUGUGGUGACAUGUUGGCCCCCUGCUUACGAGUCCCAUGGAGUCUUCAAUAACACAUAGACAGACUUAUGCUGAUGGCAGAUUUAAGAAAUCUUACCAAUUGUGCGCUGCAAUAUUAACAGAAAGUAUGAAGUGCAGUGCACUGCCAGCUGUUUGAUAGUUCCUUAACUGUCUGAAGAUUUCCAAUUUUGUAGACGAACAAGGAGAUGCAAGAGAAAAUCCUACAGCUGGAAAGCACCUUGAUGACUACUCGCAAAGAGAGGGAUAAAACUCUGAAAGAGUUGACUCGACUUAAGCAGCAUUUAUUAGAUAAGGUAACUGUUUUGUCAUUUAUUAUAAUAAUAAUUAUUAUUUUACUGAUUUGAUUCCCUAGCAUAUCUUGCAUGGCAUAUUUCCGGAAACAUUACACUCCUGUAUCCCCAUUGGUUUCUCCUUUUUUGGAACAGUGAACGAUGAUUAUGAAGCCCAGAUUAUCUCUCAAGCCUCCGAAAAAUUUACAAUUUCGUUUUAUUUUGUUGUCACUGUCCCUUUUUUUUAUAUAUAUUUUGUUUAGAUAUUCAAUGCGGUGCAGUUUCAGCGCCAUUGAUAUCAGCAUGUCUCUUUUGAGCUGGCAACUCUCACGCGUAUGCUGUCGUCUAGGAACUUGAGGAGUCGGAUAAGAUGGACGAGGACAGCAGACUAAUCGAGGAGCUUCGAGCAAGUAUAGCAACCCAAAGGGCCCACAUACUGAAGCUGGAGAAGGCGCUGAAUCAGGAGAAUGCGAAGAAUGAAGAGGCUCAGAGGACGAAAAACGAUGAGCUCCGCCAGGCAAAUGAAAUCAUCAACGGCUUGAAGCAGAAGAUCGCAAACUAUGCAAAUAUUUUAGAGUCGAGGAACGCCGAACUGCAGAAUCUUCAGACCGCUCUGGGCCAAUACUACGCCGAAGCCGAAGCCAAGGUGUGUGCCGCCUCUGUUAUCUCUUGCCGGUGUUCUCUGGAGCGCUCCCCAUCAACUUGGUCGGACGAUCCUUGCUUCAUCCCAACUGCAGGAACGCCUCGAAGGAGAUGUCGUCGCCGCAAGAGCGGAAUCGGCCAGACUUUCUGAGCUGUUAAAGGUGACGACACUGCUCGAUAAGCCGCAAUGUUCUUUCUUUAUUGCCCAUAAAGUCGUCGUAACGAAAUAUAUAUAUAUAUAUUUGUUUUUUGUUUAUUUAUUUAUUUAUUUAUUUAUUUAUUCAUUCAGGUGGCAAAUGAAAAGCUGGAAAGAUUGGAAGCGGAGAAAGAGGAGGUGGUCUCGAAGCUCACGCAAGCUGAGAGGACGUCGUCGGAUGGGAAGCUCGCAGUGCAGAGACUUCAGGAGGAAAAUCUGAGGCUGCGCCGCACCUUGGAGCAGAGCAUGACGAGGAUAAACAGGAUGUCUCUCGAUUCGGACUACUCGGUCGACAGGUUGGUGGUGGUCUUACAAAAUGGCGGCGGUAUCAUGUUCUUCACAGCUUUUUCAUAUUCCUUUUUAAUAACAUAAAUCCGGCGAUGCCCCCCAUCGCCUUCCUUUUUCUUUCUUUUUUCUUUUCCCGGAUUUUUUUUUAUAGAGGAAAUUAAUUAAUCGCUACUCUGAUCCUCUCCGCAGGCGAAUCGUGAUCAAACUGUUGCUGACAUAUUUUGAGAGAAACCACGGCAAAGAGGUGAGAUCUUUCUCUCGAGAACAUCACAGGAUGCUGCUAGUCUCCGCUCAUGUUGAUCUGAUAGUCAACGGAUUGAAUGGAUUAACCUAUCAGGUUCUUGACCUCAUGGUCCGCAUGCUGGGAUUCUCCGAGGAGGAGAAGCAGAGGAUCGUCGCCGCCCAGCAAGCCGCCGGAAAAGGCGUCGUAAGAGGCGUCCUGGGCUUCCCCGGUCGGCUAGUCGGCGGCAUCUUAGGCGGCGGCUCCCGAGAAUCAUCAUCGGCGCUGUCGGAAAACCAGGUGCAUUUUCCAUCGUGGGUCGACUUUUUUCUCCCUCCUGCUUUCUGUGUCCUUCGCGGACAUUGGGUUGAAUUUUCUCACCCUCCUGUCUUUCUCAGUCCUUCGCGGACCCGUGGGCUGACUUUUUCUCAUCCUGCUUUUCUGUCCCUCGCGGACCCGUGGGCUGACUUUUUCUCAUCCUGCUUUUCUGUCCCUCGCGGACCUGUGGGUUGGCUUUUUCUCAUCCGGUUUUCUGCCCCUUGCGUACCUGUGGGUUGACUUCUUUCUCGUCCUGUUUUUCGCAGUCCUUUGCGGACCUGUGGGUUGACUUUCUUCUCAAAGAGACCGAGGAGAGAGAAAAGAGGGAGCUGGCGGAGUCCACCGGAGCCUUGGCCGGCGGCUCCCCUGGCAACUCCGCGACCCCCCUUCGUCCUCAUCAGAGCGCCACCAUCCCCGACGCCGAGUUCGCCACGGUUCCUCUCACAUCGCCGGUCAACACAUCUGAACAUACCCGCCCGAUUUCCGGAUCUUCGUCGAGAUAUUGA